GGAGGUGCGGAGCUGGGGAGGGCUGCACCCUGCUCCCCCGGGCCCAGACCCCCAGACGUCCGAAGAACUUGGGCACGAACUUGCGCCUGUGUGCACGGAGCGCAGGAGAUCGGGAAGCCAAGAGCGUGAGGUCGGCCGCAGCCCGGCAGCCCGCCCCGCUGGCUGGCGCCCUUCCUCCGGGAGGAUGUCAAGAGACCAAGUCAGCUGGAAAAAUUAUCUUUCAAACAGUAAUGUGAUAGCCUCAACCCAAACCAGAGAAGGUCUAAACCUCGUGUUGAUAAGUGGAGAUGUUAUCUAUUUCCAAGCUGAUGUAAUUGUCAACACCGUUCCCAUGAAUCUUCAACUUGGAGGAGGAACACUAUCUCAGGCUCUUUUGCAGAAAGCUGGUCCAAAGCUCCAGGAAGAGUUAUAUGCCACCAGGCAGGGAACAGAAGAGGAAGUAGGUAGCAUAUUCAUGACAAGUGGCUGCAAUCUGAGCUGCCAAGCUGUCCUCCAUGUGGUGGCACCAGAAUGGGAUAAUGGAGCAGGGUCUUCUCAGCAGAUCAUGGCGAAUAUAAUCGAGAAAUGUUUGACAGCUGUAGAAGAGUUAUCUUUUUCAUCAAUCACAUUUCCCAUGAUCGGAACAGGAAAUUUGAGGUUUCCCAAAGCUAUUUUUGCUGAACUAAUCCUUUCAAAAGUGUUCAACUUCAGUAGCAGUGCCUGGAAGAAAACCUUACAAAAAGUUCACUUUCUGGCAUAUCCAGGUGAUGAUGAAAUCCAGCAGGCAUUUUUACAUAAAUUCACCGAAUGGGUGAGUGGAAAUCCCAACAAGGACAGGAUUCUCAUGGCUGGAGGUAGCCAAGGUACCUUCAGGCCUGGCUCCAACCCUGGGUUCACAACAUAUGAAAUGAAAAUUGGUGCAGUUACUUUCCAGAUUGCUACCGGAGAUAUUACCAAAGAAAAGGCAGAUGUGAUUGUAAACUCAACAACAAGGACAUUUAAUCUGAAAUCAGGGGUGUCAAAAGCAGUUUUAGAAGGUGCUGGACCAGCUGUGGAAGACGAAUGUGCUGUACUAGCUGCACAGCCUCACAGAGAUUUCAUAAUUACACAAGGUGGAUACUUAAUGUGCAAGAUAAUAAUUCAUGUGCUUGGGGAAAAUGAUGUCAGGAAAACGGUCUCCACUGUUCUAGAAGAGUGUGAGCAGAGGAAGUACACUUCGGUUUCCCUUCCAGCCAUCGGAACAGGCAAUGCUGGAAAAAACCCAACCACAGUCGCUGAUGACAUGAUCAAUGCUAUUACAGACUUUGCACAGAAACAUCCCACCCCGUCGUUACAAAAAGUGAAAGUUGUCAUCUUUCUAUCUGAAUUGCUAAAUGUAUUCUAUGACAACAUGAAAAAGAGAGAAAAUUCCACAUCUCCUGUCCUUCAGUCCACAUGCUUUGAGACUGCAUGUAAUCUUCCUGAACACUGGACUGACAUGAAUAAGCAGCUGUCCUGUGUGAUCAAGCUAUACCCCGGACAGUCAGAAUAUGACACCAUAAAGGACAAGUUCUCUGACACUUGUCUUUCCUACAAAAUAGAGAAGAUUGAGAAGAUACAGAAUAUAUGCCUCUGGCAGAGCUACCAGAUAAAGAAAAAGCACAUGGACUUGAAGAAUGGCCAUACAGCUAAUGAGAGAGUCCUGUUCCAUGGGACAGAUGCGGACUCGGUGCCGUAUGUCAAUCAGCAUGGCUUUAAUCGUAGUUAUGCUGGGAAGAAUGGUGCAGCCUAUGGAAAAGGAACCUAUUUUGCUGUUGAUGCCAGCUAUUCUGCUCAUGAUACAUAUUCCAGACCAGAUGGCAAUGGGAGAAAGCAUAUUUAUGUUGUACGAGUACUUACAGGAGUCUACACACGUGGACAUGCAGGAUUAGUUACCCCUCCAUCAAAGAACCCUCACAAUCCCACGGAUCUGUUUGACUCUGUCACAGAUGAUACACAAUAUCCAAAGCUAUUUGUGGUAUUCUCUGAUAAUCAAGCUUACCCAGAAUAUCUCAUAACUUUUAGGUGCUAA